AUGCCCCACCUGUACUCGGCCGCCUGCCCGUCUCCCCCCCCGUCGCAACUGUUCGCGUGUGCAGCGGCGGUCGCUGUGGGUGGGAGAGGGAGGACGGGAAGGGAUUGGCGGCCCAACCGACGCGCCAGCCAGCUCGCACCCCGCCCAUCUCCCGUACGCCACCCGCAUCUGCACGACCUGUCCCUGCCCCUCCCCGUCCCUCCCUCGUCGCGCCUUCCCCCUCUACCACGCCUGCCUAUGCCGUGUUGGGCGGUGGUGGGUGUGGAGGACAGUGGGGGCGGCGGCGGCGGGAAUGGCGGGAGUUGCGGGAGUGGCGGGAUUGGCGGCUCAUGUGGGGGGGUGGGGGAGGCGUGGGGGAAAGGGGUGGUGGGCGGCUCUUGCCCCGUGCCCGUGCCCGUGCUGUCUGCCCGUGUUCCCUGUGCUUCUGCUCGUGCUCUACCCGUGCUGUUUGUUCCCGUGCGUGCCCCACCUGUACCACCCGUGCUGUCAGUGCCCGUGCUGCCCCGUUCUGGCCCCCUUGUGCUGCCCCGUUCUGCUUGUGCUGCCCCGUUGUCCCCGUGUUGCCCCGUUCUGCCCGUGUUGCCCCGUUCAGCCCGUGUCCUGCCCCGUUCAGGCCGUGUCCUGCCCCGUUCUGCCCGUGUUGCCUCGUUCAGCCCGUGUCCUGCCCCGUUCUGCCCGUGUUGGCCUGUUCUGCCCGUGCUGCCCCGUUCUGCCCGUUUGUGUCCUACCCGUGCUGUCCGUACCCGUUGGUGCCCCACCCGUGCUGUCAGUUCUCGCUCGUGCCCCACCCGGUCUGUGCUGCCCGGUCUCGUGCUGCCCGUCACCCCCGUGCGGCCCGUCCCGUACAGCACCUAG